AUGUUCUUGAUAGAUUUCUUAAAUAAAAAUGCUUUUUUUGCUAUUUUGAAGUUAAAUAAAAAUACUGGUUUUAGCUGGAAAAGAGAAAAAUUGGAUAAAUUUGUAGUUGAUUUGAGAGUGAAAUAAUUCGUAGCUAUUAAUUGCUAUCGUCUGUAGAGAGAGAAUGACAAAGAAAUAAAUCAAUAAAGAGAAAGUGCUUGA